AUGAUCGCCACCGCCCCGCUUCCACUCAUUGCUCUCGUCCUUGCCUCUGUGGUCCUCCUCGUCGCCUCUGCCGCAGCCCCACCACCAGGGCCACCACAACCGCCACCGCCACCGCCUUCGAGCUGCACAGAGGAGCUUGUUCUGUUCUCGCCAUGCCUGCCCUACAUCUCGUCUCCGCCCAACAACCUCUCAGCCACACCCUCCGAUGGGUGCUGCCACGCCUUCUCCUCAGCUCUGAACUCUAGCAGCAAUGGCGUUUGCCUCUGUUACCUCGUCCAGCAGCCCUCAAUCCUCGGGUUUCCGGUCAAUGGCACAAGAGUGCUCUCUCUUUCUUCGGUAUGUCCACUGCCGAGAGAUGGCAAUUCGACGAAGAAGGGAUCUUUGGGGUCGCUUUGCUCAGGGUCGCCAGCAUUGCCUCCUCUCCGGAGCCCAGCAAGCUCAGGGCUUACCCAUCCAUCUGGUUCAGGGUCUAAUAAUGUUGCAUCCCCACAAGAACCUAAGAAGAAUUCAUCUGCAACGCCAUGCUCGUCACCAGGGUGUGCUAAGAAGAAACCACAGAAAACAGGGAACUCAUCAGUAGAACCGGCUACAGCUUCAUCAGCCUCCAAACAAGUUUACAGCAGCAACAGUUGGCUUCCACCCGGCAUACUGAUUUUCUUUGUUUCUAUCUCCACUCAUCUAUACUCAUCAAACACCUUAUGAUUACCU